UGGGGGCGGACAUCCGGGAACUUUUGACAAUUUGACCGGAUGUAGAUUAGAGCCGAUGAAAACAAACCGCAGCAACGCACCGCUCAAUGCACGCAUCGCAUAAUGCCAAGAAACUGUGUGGUGUUUGGAUGCCACAACCACAACCUUUCAAGAGACAAAAAACGCGCAUUCUUUGAGCUGCCAAAGCGACAUCGUAGCCCCGAGAGGAGAAACCGAUGGCUAGCAGCAAUUAGUCGAGAGAACGAGGACGGCUCCCACUGGAGUCCCGUCGGGUCAAGGACCGUUUGUUCUGAUCACUUUGUGACAGAACGACCAUCGAAAGAUUCUCUGCAUCCAGAUUAUAUCCCAUCAAUCUUCCCCCACCGUCCCAAGAGUCAACACACCGCAGAACACAGCUUAAAAAGAUACAAGCGUCACAAGGAAACUGCCUCAAAGAGAUCAUGCACCAAACGUCUUCCGUUUGAGGAUCCGGAAGGGCUCGAUGUCAUCGAAGAUUUUGUUCCGCUCGAAGAAGCUGAAGGGCUCGAUGUCAUCGAGGAUUUUGUUCCUCUCGAAGAAGCUGCCUCCAUUAUUACUCAGACAGACUCUACAAAUGAGCAGGAAAUCAUCAAAUCUUUACAUGAUGAGAUAAACAAUCUGCGAGAAGAGAAGGAAGAUGCCAUCACACAACUUGAAGAGAUGAAGAAAAAGUACAGGGACCUGCAGCUUUCAAGUUCUGCUAUUCAGGACAACGAUGCCAAAUCACACUUUUACACAGGAUUAACAUGGGCAGUUUUUCUGCAAACUUUUUAUUUUCUGUCCUCGCAUGGCGGAGGAAGAACGAAGGAGAGUCUGCCAUUCAUUGAUCAAUUCUUCCUAACACUGGUAAGACUUCGUAUGGACUUAUCUUUUGAGUUUAUUUCUGAUAUUGCUGGUUGUGGAGAGACCACGGUGCGAGACUACUUUUGGAAGUGGAUCGAUGUGAUGUAUGCCAAGUUGUCCUUCCUGGUGAGAUGGCCAGACAGGGAUGCCGCAGCUGAAACACUUCCACCCGAGUUUAAAGUUCUGUAUCCACGCUUGACUGGAAUUGUGGAUUGUUUUGAAAUAUUCAUCGGCAAUGCUGGGAAUUUGCUUGCACGACAACAAACCUACUCGAACUAUAAAAAACACACCACAGCUAAGGUGUUUGUAGCCUGCAGUCCUCUUGGUGCCAUCACUUACAUAUCCAUGGCAUGGGGAGGCCGUGUGUCAGACGUAGAACUGGUACGUCGUUCUGGUUUCAUGUCACCCAAUCUUCAUUUGCCGCAUGAUCAGAUUCUUGCCGACAGAGGAUUCACGCUCCAAGAUGACUUUGCGGUGAACUGUGGAGUAGAGCUGGUGAUACCAGCAUUCACCAGGGGAAAGAAACAGUUGCCUGCCGCCGAUGUGGAAAUAUCCCGUCAGAUGUCAUCUAUUCGUAUACAUGUGGAGAGAGUUAUAGGACUCCUUAAAAAGCGGUAUGCAAUUCUACAGGGUACUCUGCCAAUCCAAAUGAUAAAGACCUUAAAGGACGAGGCUGACCAAGCAGAUGAAGCGAGCAUUGAUAGACUCCUGAGGGUGUGUGCAGCUUUAGUUAACCUUGGUGGGAGCAUUGUAUUCAAGGGCUAAUGCAUUUUCAUGUGACAACUGAGAUCCUCUUACCUGUUAGAGAACUGUAUCAUUUAUUUUACUUUGAAAUCAUAUGAUUGUAUCUGUUUCACAUAUAUUUAUACCAGAUUUUGUUUCAACAGGGAUUACGGGUCCUUUGAAUAGAGUCAAAUUCAAAAACAUUUCAGCAUAAAAA